GCGGCUGUGAGAAGAAGAAGGAGUACAUGGAAAGUGGCACUAUCGCUCAGCGCCUCCUUCUUUUGGAGUUGUUCCCUGAGGCGUUCAAUCUUCACUUCAGCGCUUCACCGAGGGACGGUGAAACAAUCCGGUUUACGGAAAAGGUGGUACGUGCCCACGCCAGCAGGGAAGGCAAUCCUCCACCAAGUCCGUUCUUCGGCUACCGCCUCCCUCUCUGCUCCCUUUACGAGCGGCAGUCAUUGUUGGGCUUUUUUGCUGUGACCCAACAUCCUUCAGUCGAAUUCAGGGCACCAGCCUUAUUGAAGGCUGACCGGUUGGCUGUCAUCACCCUGGCACGUACAGAGCCUUUCGGCAGCUUCACUGCGAACAUAAUCGACUACUUCAUCCCUUUUCCAGAAAGGGAAUUUUCUCACUUGAGUCGCGAGAUCAUUCGAGACGAGAUCUCAAUUGACCGGGCUCUGUCUUCAGAGUACUUCCUCAACCUCGGACAUCAGAGAAGAGAGAAAUUCUACCACAUCUGGGAAGGAGAAAUGGACAAGUUCAGAGCUUCUCUCUCAGAAGCAGCUGGCACUGGGGACUUCAGUCUCCCAGAGGGCUUUUUGUACCUGGGAGGAAAUCCCCUCUUGGUCCGGCAGUGGUUGGAAACACAAGCCUUGGCAAACGAAAGGGGUGCAUCUGACUUCGUGCUUCUAGCAUUGUGUGUUUCGUUGCACGGCACACGCCUUGCAAAGGACGCAUCCUCGCACCCCAAAUUCACGAAACAUGGGGAAGGAAGCCAACGGCUCAUUCGCAGUGCCUCAGAAGUCGUAAAAGAGUACGCCAACAGGAUGCCGCCGGGAGGGACACUCGGCUCAGUGUCGAGUGCCCUCCCGGAAAUCGGGCUACUCGCUAUGCUGGCUGACAGCACGAAGCCAGCGGCUUCGUGCAGCCAGUUGAACCUCCGGGAGGAGGUGAAAACUGGGCUGAUUCAGCACACCGAAGGCCUGAUAGGGGGUGGAAAGCCUGAUGCGGCGUCAGCCGCAAAGUCAGCCAUCAUGAAGUCGGACAUCGGAAGCAGAAAUAAUCCUCUUCUCGGCGGGAACUCCUUGACUGCGGCCAUCGAACCCUUCAAGAAGCUCUUCAAGGAAGACCCAGUGGUGAGGUCGACGCAAUCCCGUGACGAUUUCCACAGGUUCAUCCAGCAAGGUGGGGUGCAAGAUGAUGGUCGCAGCAAAUGUACAGAUGCAGACGACCACGCCUUUGAAUUCAGAGUUUUCGGAUGGAACGUCGGUGGAUGUGAUAUUGCCGAUCUGCAGGACCACUUCAGGGAAGGAUGCAAAGCGCCCAUCCCGAUGAAUGCAGUACUCGCACUGCAGGAGCUUCCGAGAGGGAAAGAAGGGUGGAGCAAGCAGUUCAGUGGUGAAUGGAGCGUGGUGAAGUACAGACAUGAACACGCAUGGAGAGGUGUGGGGAUUGCUUACAGACAGACAGAGUGGGCGGUUAUCAAGAAGAUUCGUGCAACCAGAGGGAUGUGGAUGCAACUCAAACAUCUGGGUAAUGGCUCUCGGGUUUGGGUGGGGACAGCACACUUCACCCCGGGAUGUUCUCUCGCGCAUUAUGAGUCCGAAGUGGAUCAGGUCAUGCUCGCGUUACCCAAGCAGUCAGGGCCAACGAUACUCCAGUGUGACGCGAACGCUCCCUUCCGGUGGGGGACCUUUGAAGGGGAAGACCAAGCUGUGGGUAGGGACGCCAAAGCGUUGGAGCUUCAGGGUAAACUACAAGAACGCGGGAUGGCCUUUGUGCCCCCUCGGGCUGCUCAGUUCCGGACGCCAACCAACCAUGAGAUCAUUGAGAGCGAGUUCACCAUACGACCGAAGCAGGCUCGCGUCGCUCGGGCCUCGGGUGGAGAUUGGGCGGCUUUCAGGGCGUGCAAACCGCAAGCGGACACGGGCUGGAUUGAGGAGUUUGCAAGUGCGCAACAAGUUGACCCACAUCAGGCGGUCCACGACCACCUCACACGGGUGUACAAGGGUGAGCCUCCGCGUGCAAACUUGGGGACCUAUCACGGGGAGAUCAGGGCUUUCACAGAAGAGGAGUUGGACAUGGCCCUACAACAGAUGCAGUCAGGCAAGUCGGUGGGAUGUGAUGGUACCUCUAAAGAAUUUCUUGCAGGCUUGGUCUCAGUCGAAGGGGGCAAACAGCACCUCCUCGAGUUCCUGACGAGGGUCCUUACCACUCAAGACAUCCCAUCAGACUGGAAUACGCCGUUGAUGGCAAUGCUACCGAAAACCAUGCAGCCGCUUCUCGCGCGUGCAGUUGAGAGUCCCAUCUUCUUUGCCCUUGUAGCUGAGUUCUGCUUGGCUGAGGCGGCACAGCGGUUCAAUUGGCAUCAGGGGGAAGCAGCUUUUCAGGGCAUGGAACAUCAUGACAUGCUGUACAUGGAUGACUGCUUGUUAUGGGGCCGAGGGUGCUCAGGUCUGGAGGCUCGCAUUCGUCAGCUCACUGUUGUCCUUUCUGAAUUUGGGUUGGCCUUAAACGGUGCCAAGUGUCAGGUUUAUGUCUCGCCUCACUGGGAGGGCCCGAAGCACAUGAUCAUUGCGGGGGUUCGUGUGGAUGCCUCUGAUCACCUGGAAGUCAUGGGACUGCCCAUGCGGGUUGGUAUGAGCCUAUGCGAAUUGAUUGGACCUUUACUGGCUCGCGCGAAAUCCCAAUUCUGGGCCCAGAAGCACUUGCUGCGAUCUCAUACCCCGUUGAAAGGCCGACUUAAGCUCCUGGAAAGGGUCGCAGGGGGGGCUGCGAUGUGGUGCCUGGCGGCCUUCCCGCCGGAUAGGAGUUCCCUUGGCUUCAUUAACGCUUGUCAUUUGCAGAUGGUGAUAUGGACAAUGCAACUGGGCAAACAACAUGGGGAAUCCUGGGAGCAGUUCCAUAAACGGGCUUUUCGGUGUGCACGAGCAGCCUUAUGUAAUGCGGGUCUAGACCGAUGGGGGACAACGUGGAUCCGACGAUGGUGGGGCUACGCGGGGCAUCGGGCCCGUGGCAUGCUGCGCCCGGCGCCGCCGAUUAGUUCCCAUUUGGAUUCGUUCAGGACUCUUGAAUGGUGGGAGCAUGAGCGUCGCAAACGGGAUGGGCUUCAGCAUACACAUCACUACCCACGACUCAUGAACAUGGAACGAACUAUGAACAGGGCUGCAGGGGAGACGUGGAGAAUCACCGCACAAGACAGAGGGGAGUGGAAGCGCAGAGAGCAGUGCUUUGUGGACAUUCUUGACCUACCGUGGUCCA